GAUUUGGUUUUCAUCGGUUUGCUUGGCUGGAUUUUGGUUUGUUCCUCUUUUUGGGCGAUUUGAUGCCCUAAAAGUCUUCGUUUCAGUUUCCAGGCUCCUUCCUUCAUUUGGCUACCUACCAAACCUUGCAGAUAAGUUUCUCAGAAAGAAAGAAAAAAAAAUCUGUCUUUUUGAGCAUUUUAAGGUCAAAUUCCCAUUGAUAUGUGAUAAAGAUCUCAACUUUGGGGUUGAAUUAUCAUGAAUUGAACAUUUGGUGAGUGAGAUCUUGAUUUCUGCAUAGGCUUCAGCUCUGUCCUGUUCUAUCUUUUGCGGGUUUAUCGUUGAGAAUCGAAGUGUCCUGCUUUUGUGGUAGUCGAUGUUUCACGCCAUUAUGACAUGUUGAUGCUUGGCGAAAGUUGCCUUCAUUCAGACACUGAACUUGAUAUUACCAUAGUUAUUUUUGAAUAGUAUGUCGGUUAAGGAUAUUAUGUCUGUGAUAAGGUCAGCAGAUUCCUCUUCUACAACUUACGGGAAUGCCAACAUUUACGCACGCAGAAGCAGUGGAGACAACUCGGGUUUGAACUCUCAAAUGCUAAACUCAGAUAAGCGGAUGUUCAAUCACUAUGGAUUAGAUACUUCUCAUCCAGAGAUCUACAGUCAUCAAUAUUUCAACUCAUCGCUAAGUCCUGCGCAACAUAAUUUAUUCCAUGGAUCCAACUCUGGUGUUCCGGGAACCAUGAUCCGUUCACAAGUGACUCCAGCUCAGUAUCAGCUUCUGGCUGCUUCCCAGUCUCCUAUUGUUUCUGAAAAUCCAUAUAGUGCUUGUUUUUCUGCUGUCCGUCAACAAGAUUCACCGCUAACUUCCAACAUUUCUCAUCAAAGCACUCAGUCUGUUUCAGAUAGUCAAACAGUGGAGAAUGACCUAGAUUUCGAUGAAGAUGUAAUCAGGUUAAAGCUUCAAGAAUUAGAGAGAGCAUUACUAGCUGAUAAUGAUGAUGAGUUGGUAGCAAUUGAUCAAGAAAUGAGCAUUGAUGAUGAUUGGUCCGAGCCGAUAAAGAAUGCUAUAAGUCCCAACUCACCGAAGGAAUCAUCGUCGGACUCGAACCUCAGCAGUACUGAUAGCAGUAGAGAAGCAAGGACUCCCAAACAAUUGCUUUUUGACUGUGCUGCCGCAAUAUCAGAAGGUCACAUGGAGGAAGCAUCAAGCAUGAUAACAGAACUCCGGCAGAUGGUCUCAAUCCAAGGAGACCCUCCACAAAGGCUUGCCGCCUACAUGGUGGAAGGCCUCGCAGCUAGAAUGGCGUCAUCGGGACAAGGUCUCUACAGGGCUUUAAAGUGUAAGGAGCCCCCAACUUCAGACCGGCUUUCCGCAAUGCAGAUACUUUUUGAGGUGUGCCCAUGCUUCAAGUUUGGUUUUAUGGCAGCCAAUGGUGCUAUAGCCGAGGCUUUCAAAGACGAAGAGCGAGUACAUAUUAUAGAUUUUGAUAUUAACCAAGGAAGCCAAUAUAUUACUCUAAUACAAGCCCUUUCAAAUCCCCGAAGCAAGGCACCACGGUUGAGGAUAACCGGGGUGGAUGAUCCAGAAUCGGUGCAACGGGCGGUCGGGGGUUUAAAAGUUAUAGGAAAGCGCCUUGAAGAACUUGCUAAAGAGCAUGGUGUUCAGUUCGAGUUUCGAGCAAUAGCUGCUAAAACUGGGGACGUGACACCUUCAAUGCUUGACUGCCGGCCUGGGGAGGCACUUGUCGUCAAUUUUGCUUUUCAGCUGCACCACAUGCCUGAUGAGAGUGUAUCGACAGUCAACCAGCGGGAUCGACUUCUUCGUAUGGUGAAGGGCCUUAAUCCAAAACUUGUGACAGUUGUUGAACAGGAUGUUAAUACCAACACAGCACCAUUCUUUCCAAGGUUCGUGGAAGUUUACAAUUACUACGCCGCUGUUUUUGAGUCACUUGAUGCAACUUUGCCUAGGUCAAGCCCGGACAGGAUGAAUGUGGAGAGGCAAUGCCUCGCACGGGACAUAGUUAACAUUGUGGCAUGUGAAGGGGCCGAUCGCAUAGAAAGGUAUGAAGCUGCCGGGAAAUGGAGAGCGAGAAUGAUGAUGGCCGGCUUUGUUUCGUGCCCGCUUAGCACUUAUGUGAAUGGAGCAAUCAGAACGCUGCUGAAGCCCUACUGUGACAGAUACAAAGUCAAGGAAGAAGGCGGCGCUCUCUACUUCGGUUGGGAGGACAAGAUUCUGGUUGUGGCUUCAGCGUGGAAAUAAACCGGCUUGUUUUUGUUUUUGUCAAUAGUCGUAUGCGUGCCUGCAAUUAGUCUGACUUUGUUGUUUUGACAAAUAUAUGUAUGCUGGGCUUAGAGUUUACAGCUCUGUUGCUGUGUUUUAUAACCUAAAGCUAUGCAGUGAGAAAUAAACAUUAUAUAUGUCCUAUAUAAUGUUGUUCAUUCCUGCAGUUAAAAUAGUCUGUGAGAGCUUGAAAUCCAUUCAGCCUGUUGAACUACUAAA